AGGCGCCAACGCACCGGGUUUGAGGAGGUAGCUAAUGAGCAGACCAGACAGCCAGACCCCCUGUGCAAAGAGAUCCACGCAGCGUCUCGGAGCCGGAGACACCAUGAAGACAGACAGCAGAUUGAGGAGUAAAGAUUCACCUGCAGACGACUGAGUGUGGCGUCAGGAUGGCGGGGGGUCGGAGGGGACUUGUGGCCCCUCAGAAUACUUUUUUGGAGAAUAUUGUGAGACGGUCGAACGUUUGGACACUGUCACAUAGACAGACAGAUACCAACUUCGUCCUUGGAAAUGCUCAGAUAGUAGACUGGCCCAUCGUCUACAGCAAUGAUGGUUUCUGCAAGCUGUCGGGGUACCACAGAGCAGAGGUGAUGCAGAAAAGCAGCACCUGCAGCUUCAUGUACGGGGAGCUCACAGACAAGGACACCACAGAAAAAGUACGACUAACGUUCGAGAACUAUGAGAUGAACUCAUUUGAAAUACUGAUGUACAAGAAGAACAGGACACCUGUUUGGUUCUUUGUGAAGAUUGCUCCCAUUCGAAAUGAACAAGAGAAAGUGGUCCUUUUUCUUUGUACGUUCAGCGAUAUCACAGCCUUUAAACAGCCCAUUGAAGACGAUUCUUCCAAAGGCUGGGGGAAGUUUGCCCGACUGACUCGGGCUCUAACAAGCAGCAGAGGAGUCUUGCAGCAGCUGCAGCCCACGGUUCACAAAGGAGAGAACGUCCACAAACACUCCCGCCUCGCUGAGGUACUGCAGCUUGGUUCAGAUAUCCUACCUCAGUACAAACAGGAGACCCCCAAAACCCCUCCUCACAUCAUCCUGCACUACUGCCUCUUCAAGACCACGUGGGAUUGGGUCAUCCUCAUCCUCACCUUCUACACAGCCAUCAUGGUGCCCUACAAUGUCUCCUUCAAGACGAAGCAGAACAACGUGACGUGGCUGGUGGUGGACAGCAUCGUGGACGUCAUCUUCCUGGUGGACAUCGUGUUAAACUUCCACACCACGUUCGUCGGACCCGCCGGCGAGGUCAUCUCAGACCCCAAGCUGAUCCGAAUGAACUACCUGAAGACCUGGUUUGUUAUCGACCUGCUCUCUUGCUUGCCGUAUGACGUCAUCAACGCCUUCGAGAAUGUCGAUGAGGGGAUCAGCAGCCUGUUCAGCUCACUUAAGGUGGUGCGGCUUCUCCGCCUGGGUCGAGUGGCCCGUAAACUGGAUCACUACAUCGAGUACGGGGCGGCUGUUCUGGUGCUGCUGGUGUGUGUUUUUGGACUCGCCGCUCACUGGCUGGCCUGCAUUUGGUACAGCAUCGGUGAUUACGAGGUGAUUGAUGAGGAAACCAACAAUGUGCGCAACGACAGCUGGCUCUACAUCCUGGCAGAGACGGUGGGCAGGCCGUACCACUUCAACUCCAGCUCAGGAAAGUGGGAGGGUGGGCCUCUCAAGGACUCUGUCUAUAUCACCUCCUUGUACUUCACAAUGACCAGUCUGACCAGCAUCGGCUUCGGUAACAUCGCACCAACGACCGAUGGAGAGAAAAUAUUUGCCGUGGCCAUGAUGAUGAUUGGAUCCCUCCUUUACGCCACCAUCUUCGGUAACGUGACAACGAUCUUCCAGCAGAUGUACGCCAACACCAAUCGUUACCAUGAGAUGCUUAACAGCGUCCGGGACUUCCUCAAACUCUACCAGGUGCCCAAGGGCUUGAGCGAAAGAGUUAUGGACUACAUUGCCUCCACCUGGUCCAUGUCACGGGGUAUAGACACUGAAAAGGUGUUGCAGAUUUGUCCAAAGGACAUGAGAGCAGAUAUCUGUGUCCAUCUCAACCGCAAGGUCUUUAAAGAGCACCCGGCUUUCCGGCUGGCCAGCGACGGCUGCCUCAGAGCGCUGGCCAUGGAGUUUCAGACCAUCCACUGUGCCCCCGGAGACCUGAUCUACCACGCUGGCGAGAGCGUGGACAGCCUCUGUUUCGUGGUGUCAGGAUCACUUGAGGUCAUUCAGGAUGACGAGGUGGUGGCCAUUUUAGGUAAGGGAGACGUAUUUGGAGAUGUGUUCUGGAAAGAGGUGACUCUGGCUCAGGCCUGCGCCAACGUCCGAGCCCUGACCUACUGCGACCUCCACGUCAUUAAACGCGACGCGCUGCAGAAGGUGCUGGAGUUCUACACAGCGUUCUCCAACCACUUCUCCAGAAACCUGCUGCUCACAUACAACCUGCGAAAGAGGAUCGUCUUCCGAAAGAUCAGUGAUGUGAAACGGGAGGAAGAGGAGCGACAGAGACGUAAAAAUGAAGCCCCUCUGAACUUACCACCAGAUCACCCGGUGCGAAAACUCUUCCAGCGCUUCCGACAGCAGAAGGAAGCCCGCAUGGCGACUGAAAAACCAGAACAAGAUGAACAAGAUAUCGAGAAAGGCUCCGUGUAUGUGGACAUCCCACUGGCUAAGGCGGCCAUUACAACCACCAGCAUUGUCACAGUGACAGAAAGCCCGGCAACACCUUCAUCUUCCACUCCGUCAUCUUCAACACCUCCCAGCUCCAUCCCCUCAGAGAAGGGGAAGUUGCAGGUGCCGUCGUCCAUUUCUUUGGUAGGAUGCCGGACUGCUGAACCAGUCAAAGUCAAAGGUUGGGGUCGCUUCAAGGAAUCCAUGGCCAAAGCCGACAACUGGAACAAGGUGUCCAAAGCUGAAUCCAUGGAAACUUUACCAGAACGGACCAAGGUGCACGAAUCACAGAUGUCUCUAAAGAAGACAGACUCAUGCGACAGCGGCAUUACCAAAAGUGACCUGCGCCUUGACAAAGUGGGCGACUUCCGCCUGACACCUCAGGACCGCAGUCCUGCCCAGCCUCCAGAAACCAGGCACGCCUUCUACCCCAUCCCAGAGCAAACGCUUCAAGCCUCCCUUCAGGAGCUCAAACUGGAGCUGAAGGACGACCUCAAGAACCUGAACAUUCGAAUGUCUGGACUGGAGGCGCAACUCACAGAAGCACUUCAACUCCUCAAAGCCAGGAAAUCAAGCACUAGCUCUCCGCAGCAUCUUUUUGACAUUUCUAGACCUGCUUCACCAGAGGACAAAGAGGACAUCUUCUCUUGAAGGAUGGACAAACCAUCAGGCAACAGUGAUCCGUGAACUCAGCUGGAAUCCAGUAAUAUCCAGAUUACUUGGAUGGCUGAGGCCACGCUGGGCACACCGUUUAGAAUAGGCAUCAGUGUGAUCUGUAAGAUGCACUGGCCUUUAUCAUAAGGGUGCGUCCGCUCGUUGUGUUGACAAGUCGAGAUCAUAGCCCAGAUUUUGGAGCCAUGGCACUGAACACUUGGAGGUUGAAUACAAACCGAUAGCUCUAUUGUUUGUAUAUAUAAGUUUGAUUUAUUUUUCCAUGGCGCUAUAAUGGAAAAAUAGUUUGAGAUUCUGUUAGAAAUCUAUUUAGAUUUUGAGUCUCAACAGAAGGACAGUAGAUGCAUAUCUCCAGCGGAAGCAGCAUGGUUUGUUAUUGAAUCAUUUGUAUGAGAUUCUUUGCAUGUCACAAAAUAGACGUGUGCCUCAAAUUGCAGAUGAUGCAUAUUUGAUUAGCCGAGGCUGCACUGCGAGUCAUUUGCAUUAUUCCGCAGUGAAGGUGAGAAAGGACGCCCUUUGCAGAUGUUGAAACAAUCUCUGAGUAAUUUCCUCAAACAGUUCUCUUAUUAUAUCGGCUUUCCAGGAUGAUUAUGAAUUAUACAACAUAUAACUCUGGCCAGACAAUCUAAUUUUCAAAAACAUGUUUGAGCAGAGCUUAGAAUUUACAUAAACCACAGAUAGAUUUGCUUGAUGAAAAAAAAAGGAAUGAAAUGCAAACUAGUGACUAAGCAGUCAGCAAGUUCCUGCUAUCUAUUAAGUAUAUUAUAUGAGAGAUAUGCAUUUUAGCUUUGGUGAGGCAAACAGUAAUUAGAUAAUGCAGAUUGUAUUGGUCAAUGGCUGUGACCCUUACUUUAUUUUACCACUGAACAUAGUGAGGAAUGCCUUUCUGCAUAAUAUUUCUAGAUUCAAACUGAUUUAUGUAAAAUAAAACAGGCUGUGGCAAAGUGGACUGAGAUCACAGAGUCACUGGAACCUCUUUAUAGUGAUGAUUUUUGCCUUCAAUGGUCCCCAACAAACAUUUUUACAUUUGAAACCCUGCAUGAUUUAAUGUCCCCGUCUCUUCACAUUCACUCGAAAAAAACAACAACAUCAUCCUGUGAAAACAUCAGACUGUUAAUAAGAGGCAAAGAUCACAAGUGUGGAAGUCUUUUUGGCGCACAUGUUCAGGCUGAGUGUUUGAAAUUAUCCCUGAUUGCUUUAAUUGAGGUAGAUAUUUGGAGGCAAUAUUAACUUGCUUUUUAUGGCAAAUUUUAUUACACGGUCCCUAAAUGUACCUUUAAGACAUAUAUGUCAAAAACAGUAGUUGACCAAAAUGUCUGACGAAGGAGACUAAAGGAGGAAAAAAACAAACAAUAAGUAACCACUUAAAUAAGAAUGCAAUGUCAUGGUGUUGAGACAAAAAUGUAUAUCGCAACAUUAACCCCUUUGUGCAGUUGCUGUUUGAAGUCUGUAUUUCACCAAUUAUGCAUCUUACAAUUAUUUACAUCCUUGUAUCUAAUGCUGAACAACCUUCCUGUGUAAAUAAGAGAAAAUCACAGCUAAUGGGUUGAACUGGAGAUACUGUGUGUGCAAUAUUAAAUGCAAAGAAGUCAGCAAUAUAGGUCGGUGAAUAAUCUUUUUAAAUUAAAUCUCACUUUUUUAUUAUUAUUUUAUAAAGUACUACUAGCACUAUUUAAAUGCCUAUAAUAUAAAACAUAAUAAAAAUAGCAUCUAAAUUCACAUAUUUAUAGCUUUGAAGUGGCUAAUUAAUUUUUCCCACAUAAACCCUGCUGUUGGCCUCCCAACAGCAGAGGGCGCUGCAUAAAGGGGUUAAUAGUAGAAUUUGUAUUUUUAUUACUUCCCAAAAUGUCAUGAUGUAUUUGUUUACAAAAUUAAUUGAACACCAGCUUUGAACAGAUUUAUCCAGUAAAAAUAAAAUGUUUUGUCUUAUAUUUUACGAGUUGCACCAAGAACAAAUAAAAUGUUUUUUUAAAAGGACUGUUUCCGCUGCUACACCAACAAUUAACUCAGUAAACAUCAAUGCAAAGGACCAGACAAACGAGGGGAUACGCAUCAUGAACAAAAGUAAAAAGGCCUCAACCAUUAAGGAAAGCAGCCACUGUUAUUUCUGUUUUGUUCAGUACAGGCUUGUGUCCAGUGCUCAUCAGGACAAUAAAUAAGAAUAAAUACAUUUUCAAAAAAGUAAAUAAAUAAGUUAAGCAGAGCCAUGUGUUCUGAACUGAAGCAUAGGGUAAAAACAAAAAAACACAUCUGCUGCUUAAGUAGAAUUUUUAUCCAGCAAAUGUAUUUUUGGAACAAUGGGCUUUUUUUGCCGACUGUAGGUAAUCUAGUCCAGAAUAAACUGAUUGCAAUCAGCAGAAAUACUGUACUCUAGCCCUGAUAUUCACACGUUUAUUUCUAAAAGUAUUAUGGAUCUCAAGCUUUACUGAAUCCAUCUUUAGUGUAAAGUAAAAAUAUUCUUUACGUAACCAAAAAUAACCAUUACUACCACAUUAUUUAUCAUUCACUGUAUGGAUAAUGUAUGUUCCCUGCAUGCCUUUUCUCUUAAGACAAAAGACAAGCUGAGACGGACACAGCUGAGAGGAAAAAGUCGCUGAGGGCUUUACUCCAACACUUUCUGCAGUCUCCACUUCCAUCAAAAAUUCAGCUUGCUAAAAAUAAAUGGGCACGUUAUCACAGAAGUGCGAACUCAUUUGGUUUAGAGCCAGCAUUUCUGUCUUUAUGGGUCUGCAUUCGCGAAGCAUUUUGAUGUCUGAACAGAAAAGGCAGUAAAAUCUCCUUGCUAUGGCCCCCGUUCAGAUAAUUCACAGCGCUGCAGCUCCUGAGUGAAACGCAAAUCAAAACCGGGGGAAAAGCAGCAUCACAGAGGAGUUUUGUUUGCGGUGAAUGAGUGGAUCUAAAAAUAAUGUCGCUGAACUUGCUCUUACAUGUUCUAAUAUGUGAUAAUAUUAUCCAAAAAUCCAAAAUCUUUGUUGAUUACUUUUACUAAAGGCAUAAAGAGGAAGCCUAACAUUUACGCUGAAUAUGUUACACACAGCACAUGACCAACCAGGUUCACAAGCUCCAUUUCUUUUUUUCUUUCUUUUUACCAAGGUAUAGUUUGACAACAUGGAGAGAGUAACAUGUAAGACUGAAACCACUAUCAUGUCUUUUUGUUAACGUGGACAGUAAACAAAAGUAGUACUAGACAAGUAGUAAACAUCUCGCGCUGAGCUACUGAGAAGUAACUCUCAGCUUUAUGCAAAUGAUAAGUGAGAGAAGAGAAGAGAGGGAAUGGCUUCGGGUCUUUUAUCAAUGAUUUAAAAAUUACAAUAUACGACAUCAGCAAUUGGGACAGGGCACAUAAAUUAACCUGAUGUAGGUUUAAGGUGAGGACACAGCAAACCGACAUCAGAGAACUACCGGCCAGGAAGAACAAACUGUGAUGUAUGAAGGAGUAAGGGUUCAAGUUCCAAGUGUCUAAGCUCCAACAGUGCGUUCAUAGAGAGACAAAGUAGUUGUCGGUCUUUGGCCUCUCUGAAUGUCUUUGACACAACAAACUGACAAUCAGCUGUUGAUUGGUGAGCAUCGAUGGUUUUUGCAGUGUGGAAUUAGUUUAAAACGAGUUGGUCAGAGACAGAUGUCUUCAGGUUAGCGAACCGGAGCACGAGAAGAAAAAACGGAAGGGAUUAAAGUAAACGAAACAAGUUACAACCAAUAAAUUGUAGAUACACUGAUCAGUGCAAUUCAGAGGAGGGCUGUCACCUACAGCAGUUUAUAGUCGCCCCUUUCUGUCUUUGAAUGAUGAAUAGAAACUUUUCUAGACUGUUUUUAAGCUCAUCAUCUGUGACAGACAUUAUUCUCAACUGUCUGACUGAUUUUGUAUAUUCUCCCUCAUUCACUCUCACAGUUUAGGCAUCAAGAGUCAAUGAACUGACCUGAGCACUUGGAAGGCUAGUGACAGUAAGACUACACAACCCAGAAUGCAAUACUCUGUCAAGAAAAGGCCAGGCUUUUAGUUUGCCCCUGUUUCCAGUCCUCAUGCUAAGCUAAAUUAACUGAACCAUAGCAAGAAAAUGAACUAUUCCCUAAAACAAAAAAACUUGUUUUAGUUUUUAACCUUUUUCUCAAAGACAGAACAAAAUGCACAAAUGCAGUGGAGACGCUGAGCUUUAGCCUGAAAUAGUAAGAAUAAAGCUUUAAGAUCAAUUUUGAAAUUCUGUGAUGGUCAAAACUGCAGUUUAAAGAAGAAAACAAUGUAGACAAAGCAAACAAUGUAACAUGCCGGUGCUGACUGUAAUUUGUCUUAUUAUUAAUGUGAUUGAUUUACUUUAACAGAUAUAGUUUUAAUGUAAAUAGUUUGAAUAUUUUCACAAUAAACUGCUUUUUUAUUUCACCGACGGACACGGAUGAAUGACAGAAUUACUGCAAAGUACUGGUAGUUUAAUGUGAUUUGCAACUUUUAUUUGGAUGGUCUUCAGUGUUGGAGGUACCUUUUUAUUUUAUGAAUGGUUACAUUAAUAGUAAUUCAUUCAAUAGUCCUCACGGUUUAUAGUACUGAACAGGAAAAUGACCAGAACUGAUUUGACAUUAAGAUUUGUAAAAAUUAUCAAAUCAGUACCAGCUAAAACUCUCACGAGUGCAGUGCAGUACCAAAGCCACGGCGGCUUGUGGACUUUCACUUAGCCUCAAGGCUUCAAACACAUAGUCCUAAAACGGGAUGUGGGUGCACUCACCAAUUCUGAGACGACAUCCUUGAGAGCAAUAUGUAGUUCAGUGCUGUAACAUUUAUAAACGCUGUCCCUAACAGUGACAAAAAUAUGGGAAAGACCGGGGAAACUUUUUUAGAGCGCUGCAACACCCCUACAUUUCAUUGGCUCUUGUAUUGUUGAAGUCAUUACCUUUGAUUGCUACUGAGAAGCAUGCAACUCUGUGCCUUCAUAAUAUUGCCUCGUACUCCUUUUUCUGGGCCUGCAGAGAGAAAAGCAGCGUUAAAUAUCCAAAUUACUGCUUUAAUUUGAACACAGAUCUAUUUUUGUGGUCAGCUCCAGAAAGCUGCCUAGUUCAAAAACCCUACACAUAGAUUUAGAGAUAUAUAUAUAUAUAUACAUAUAUGCACAGGUUACACUGCAACAUUUAGAUACUAAAGGCAGAGCAAAGUUUGAAUUUGGUGUACGGUUCAUGUAAUAUGCACAUGCCUCUUUGUUCACACGUCAUGUGAUGACAAAUGUAUUCAAGCACAAUGGCAACUCUUUGUUGCGAAAUGUGGCAUACUGUGCUAUUCAUAAUAAAUAUUUUAUACAUACUG